UAUCAAAACCAGUCCGUUUGCAACUGGAGAGCGGGAUCAACGGUGGGUUUAGUUUAGUAUUGUACAAUAGUGCUGCAAGUCUGCAACCGCAAACCGUUUCGUAAAUUGCAACUGGAAGUAGCGGAAGAGGCACCAUGUCGGAAGAGAUCGCGGAAAACGGACACGCGAACGGCGGAGACGUCCCGGAAAUCGAGCUGAUCAUCAAGGCGUCGACCAUCGAUGGAAGACGGAAGGGCGCUUGCCUUUUCUGCCAGGAGUAUUUCAUGGACUUGUAUCUGCUGGCCGAAUUGAAGACGAUCAGCUUGAAGGUGACCACCGUGGACAUGCAGAAGCCACCACCGGAUUUCCGCACCAACUUCGAAGCCACGCCACCUCCGAUCUUGAUCGACAGAGGCAUGGCCAUCUUGGAGAACGAAAAGAUCGAAAGGCACAUCAUGAAGAACGUACCAGGCGGACACAACCUUUUCGUGCAAGAUAAAGAGGUCGCCACGUUGAUAGAAAACGUGUACGGCAAAUUGAAGCUGGUGCUGGUGAAGAAGGACGACAAGAAGAACGCCGCGCCGCUCCUAGCUCACCUGAAGAGGAUCGAUGAGCACCUGAGGAAACGGGAUACUCGCUUCCUUACCGGAGACACCAUGUGCUGCUUCGAUUGCGAGCUUAUGCCUAGGCUUCAGCACAUCCGCGUUGCAGCCAAGUACUUCUUGGACUUCGACAUCCCCAAAGAGCUUACCUCUCUUUGGAGAUACAUGUACCACAUGUAUCAACUGGAUGCUUUCACGCAGAGCUGUCCGGCCGAUCAGGAUAUCAUCAAUCACUACAAACUUCAACAGGCCUUGAAGAUGAACAAGCACGAAGAGCUUGAGACGCCCACUUUCACAACUUCAAUCCCGAUCGAUGUUAGUCAAUAAAUCCACCAACAAUUUCCCUCCCAUUUAACAACUUCUAAACGCGACAUUAGGAAUCCAAGCAAAUUGAAAACCAGAAAAGUAUAAAAAAAAAUCUAGUCUUUAAUCCUCCCCCACAAUCAACACAAACAAAUUUAAUUCAUCGUAAUUCGGAUAACAUUGGAUUAUGCGCUUGGACAUUUACUAACUACUAAAUGGACUUCAUGUUGUAUAAUAAACCUCUUUUUUGGAA